AUGCGAGGCAAGCACAUGACGGACGAUCUCCGGUAUUACGUGCGCUCGGAGCGCCACUUGCAGGCGCUGCAGACGUGGCUAGCAGGCGCGAGGCCAUCGUACCCGGUGGGUCUCUCCGCACACGGCGCGGACGCGGUGCAGCGCAAGCUGUUCCCGCUGCUCAAGACGCAGGAGCUGGGCAACGUCGUGCUCUACGGCCCCACGUUGGCGUCGACGCAGACGCUGCUGCGCGAGACGCUUAAGCCUGCAGCGCCCGCGGGUCUGGUGUGCUACACACAGCUGCAGUCUGGCGGCAAGGGACGUGGCAGGAACUCGUGGUCGUCGCCUCGUGGUUGUCUCACGUUUUCCUUCCAGAGCGCGUUCGUGGACGGCGAGACGCUGCCGUUUGUGCAGUACCUCGUGUCGCUGGCGGUGGUCAAAGCCGUCGAGGCGAUCGAUGGCGAUGCUGAUGGAGCAUCUGGUCGGAACGGACUCGUCGGGAUCAAGUGGCCCAACGAUAUUUACGCCCAGCACGUCAAGAUUGGAGGCAUUUUGUGUCAGUCUGACUACUGCAAUGGCAAGUUUAGCGUCACGACAGGUAUUGGCAUGAAUAUCUCGAACCGGUCGCCGACGAUGUGUCUGCAGGACGUCUUGAGCACGGCGGAACAGGCGUGCACUGUCACAAAGGAAGAGUUCAUGGCGGCGUUCUGCAACGUGUACGAGCCCAUGGAGAAGAUGUUUGUCGAAAAGGGGUUCGCGCCGUUCAUGACCGAGUACUUGGCGCGGUGGCUGCACACUGAGCAAGUGGUGCAAGUCGCAAGUGCUGAUGAUGCGUGUGGCAAAAAGGUGCCUGCAGUCAUCAAAGGCCUCACAAGUACGGGCUGCCUUUUGGCACAGGGUGACGAUGGCUCCCAGCUGGAGCUGUAUCCGGACGGAAACUCGUUCGACUUUCUCGCUGGCUUGCUCAAGCGCAAGUUAUAG